AUGGGUGGGGUGGGUGUUAUGCACGAGUGGGUUGUUGUGGGUGUGUUUUUUGGGAUUGCGGGAGGUUGUGGAGGGGCACUUUGGUGCGGACGAGGAAAUCGUAGACUGAAACGAGUGCGGGCGAAUGCGCAUCACGUCGCGGUUCUGCUUUUUUGUGCUUUUUUGUGCUUUUUCUUGUCCGACGGCGGUGGGAAGUUGGAGAUUGGGAAACGUGAUACGGACCCAGAUCGAGGCGAGCGGGGGUUGGACUGGCUAUGA